AUGGAUCCGUUUGAAGCAAGGCUACAAUUUUCACAGAUGAUGGAAACGAUGUCAUCGUUUUCACAGACAAUUUUGAAGGCGAUAAACUUUGCCCUCAAAAAUCAAGACCUUCAUGAAGACUUCCACUCUGUUGUUCUGGAGAUCUUGGACAGAUUGGACUUCAAUGCCCGGAUAAAUGUCCUCUAUUUCCUCGAGGCACUGAUACGAUACAUCUCAAAUAGUGCAAACUUCAAAGAUUCACGUGUGCCCUAUGUUGAUAACCUCGAGCGUGAUUGGAAACUCAUCCUCUCAAAAGUCAUUGGUGAUGAUUUGGUUAACCUUAACAGCUGUGUGGAUGUGCAACGUGAGGUUGAGAGAGUGCUGGGUAAACAGAACCGAGAUUUGAGUAAGAUGUAUGAUGACUUGACGUUGGAGAAUCUGGUUGUAAAGUCAGAAGAGUCUGAAGGGUUUAGAGCUGCAUGGUCGUUCCUAAUAUCAAAGAAAAGACAAGGUAUUCGUGACAGAUUACAAUUGAUCCACGACCCAGAGACAGCACACAUAGGAGACAGCCUUUCGUCAAAGCCAACGAAGGAACAAAUAUUGAAACGCAUUGAAAAUGAUAGAGAACGUAACAAGAGACUUAAAGAGACAAACUGGGUCGUAGCCAGACCCUUAGGCAAGCCAGAUAUUCCCGAAUUUGAAAGAAUCUGGAACCAAUACCAGGCCUUGGACGAAGAUGACUAUUUACAGCUCAAAGAACUUCAACAGGUUGUUAGAGAAAGUUAUCAAGUACUAUAA